AUGAGUGGCUCCGCGCUGCAGACCACAGGUUUUGUAUCAGGCGUCAUCGGUACGGCUGGAGUUUUUGCAGCCACGGUCAUGGAUGUCUGGUGCGCCAGAAACCAGCAGGAGCAGAAGGUAACUUCCAUCUCCAGUUAUAAGGGCCUGUGGAAGGAUUGUGAGGUGGCCAGGUCUGGAUUCGCCGAGUGCCAACCUCUCUACGGCCAUCUGAACUACUCAGGACUCCUUCAGGCUUCAAGAGCUUUGAUGGUGGUAGCAAUUUUAGCAAGUGUGAUCGCAGUUUUCAUCGGAUUCUUCUGCCUUAAGUGCCUCAAAAUGAGAAGUAUGGCAUUAUCGACCAAGGCCAAACUGAUACUAAGCGCAGGGAUCAUCUUUAUCAUUGCUGGCCUUUGUGGUAUUUCUGGAGCAUCAGUGUAUGCUGAUCAAAUUGUGCCUAGUUUCAUGAUGACCCCAUACAAUCAAAAGCAAGGAGAGAAGGGAGGGGUACAAUGUGGGAAUAACAUGGGCAUGGGAGGAAUUGAUUCAUUUGAUUCCAGGUACACAUUUGGUCCCGCCCUCUACAUAGCCUGGGUAGGAGGAGCUUUGCUAGUCCUGGGAGGAAUUUUGAAGUGCAUCGCAUUCAAAAGAAUGAAAACCUCCACUGAUAAGAGAGCAGGAUAUAUUUACAACGCCCCAGCCCAGUGCAGGCCAGAAGAUGAAGAGUCCCAUGUCCAGAGAAUCCAAGGAGAACAAAUGAAUUAA